UGCUCACACAGUUUUCUAUUGAUCAUUGGGACAGCGGGGUCCAGACUGAAGAACAUGGGGUGAUUGUGUGCUGACAUAAGGUACUUAGGUUAUCUGUUGUAGUUGCCAUGACUGUGCAUAAAUUCCCCCCUCUUGUUGCCUCUGUGGGGCCCGCUCGCUGUCUCUCCAACUGUCAAACAUUAACUCUAGCAUUAAUAAAGGACAUAGCUGAAUGUACAUCAAGGAACACUUAUUAAUCAGCCUGUCAUCAACAGUCCAUUCAGCAGAGGAUCAUCGUUAGUUCAACUGGCAGAGGGGGUAUUUGCCCGUUAGAUUUUGUUUUAAUCCCCUUGUCCCUGAUUUCACAUAAGUGUUUUUUUUGGGUUCCUCUGAGCAAACCGUCUGCUCAUGAUACACGUACAUGGUGUUCUUCUGAAAAUGAUGACGAGAAUACAUGGCCAGAUUUGAGUGAAAAUGAAUGUGCAGAACUGUUAUUUUGUUGUCGCCGUCACAAUACACUGAACUGUCACAGAUUAUGUCGACUCGGACUAUUGAAGUGAAGGCCGCUGACCCACAAGAUAUGACAGCCGAAGAGCCCCAGACUUGGGCUGCCAACAAUGCUGCCCCUCCCAGCGAGCCUCCCCCUCCGUACAACAGUGUAGAGGUUGACUUUGCCACAGCCAGCAAUGGGAAGACCGCGGCUGCACCACUGAAGAUGGGGAAGGUCGCAGAGAACGGCAAUUCGCCGAAGAGGAAGGGCAGCCAGGAGGGGGAAGGCAAGGAGAAAAAAGAGAAGAAGGAGGAGAUUAAGCCGGUCAGCAUCAUCCGACUGUAUCGUUUUGCCAGUGCAUUGGAUAUUCUCAUCACGCUGUGCGCCGUGGGAUUCUCCAUCGCUCAAGGCGUGUCCUUCCCCCUUCUCUUGCUGUACUUUGGCGACAUCACCGACGCCUUUAUUGGUUCGGGUAAUUUGGGCGGGUCCCUGCCUGCAAAUACAACCGUGCCUCCUGGGUUCUACGAGGACCAAUUCCUGAACGAAAUUGUCAGAUUCUGUGCCAUCUACGCUAUUCUGGGCGGGGCCAUGAUGGUGGUGGCCUACUUCUCCCACUCGCUGUGGAACACGACGGCCUCCCGGCAGAUGUUCAAGAUCCGCCAGCGAUUCUUUGCUGCCAUCCUCCGGCAGGAGAUCGGCUGGUUCGACACCCACGAGAGCGGGGAGCUCAACACGCGACUGUCCGACGAUGUGCAGAAGAUCAAAGACGGCAUCGGUGACAAGGUGGGCCAGACUCUGUACCUGCUAACCGUCUUCGUAGCGGGCCUGGUCCUGGGCUUUGUCAAGAGUUGGAAGCUGACGCUGGUCAUCCUGGCUAUCUCCCCGUUGGUCAUCCUCAGCGCCGGCAUCAUGACCAAAGUUCUUCAGAGCUUCUCCCAAAAGGAACUGGAUUCCUACGCCAAGGCGGGGGCCAUCGCCGAAGAAGUCCUCUCCUCCAUCAGAACGGUGGUGGCGUUUGGUGGACAAGAAAAAGAAGUUGACAGAUAUUCUGUCAGGCUUUCUGAAGCGAAAAACCAAGGAAUCAAGAGAAAUACAGCCCAGGCUGCCGGUAUCGGCAUCGUGUACCUGGUUAUGUUUGGUGCCUAUGGCUUGGCUUUCUGGUAUGGUACAACGCUGUUCUUGAGCGCUGAACUGGAGCCAGGAGACAUCCUUGUGGUGUUUUUUUCGGUGUUGUUUGGCGCUUUCUCCUUGGGUCAGGCUGGACCGAACAUCGGCAAUAUCUCCCAGGCCAGGGGGGCGGCAGCUGCUGUCUGGAAAAUCAUCGACCAAGUGCCCAGUAUAGACAGUAGUUCAGAGAAGGGUCUGAAACCAGACUCCCUGACUGGUGACAUCAGCUUUGAAAGUGUUCAUUUCUUCUAUCCCUCCAGGCCCGAAGUCAAGGUCUUGAAUGGUUUAGACCUGGAGGUCAAGCGGGGUCAGACGGUUGCGCUGGUGGGUAGCAGCGGUUGUGGGAAGAGCACCACCAUUCAACUCAUCCAGCGAUUCUACGACGCCGCACAGGGAACGGUGAGAAUUGACGGCAACGACAUCAAAGACCUGAAUGUGAAAUGGCUGCGUCAACACACGGGCGUGGUCAGCCAGGAACCCAUCCUCUUUGGCUGCUCCAUCGAGGAGAACAUCCGUUACGGUCGCAUGGACGUGACCAUGGAGGAAAUCAUGACUGCGGCCAAAGAGGCCAAUGCCCACGACUUCAUCUCGGCACUUCCACAGGGUUACGAGACUUUGGUUGGUGAGAGAGGAGCCCAGCUGUCUGGAGGCCAGAAGCAGCGCGUGGCCAUCGCGAGGGCGCUGGUCCGCAAUCCCAAGAUCCUCCUGCUGGACGAGGCCACCUCAGCCUUGGACACGGAGAGUGAGGGCACCGUCCAAGCAGCGCUGGACAAGGCCCAGAGCGGCCGGACCACUGUGGUCAUUGCUCACCGCCUGUCCACCAUCCGCAAUGCCGACGUCAUCUGUGCCUUCAAGGACGGUUUGGUGGUGGAACGGGGCACCCACGCCGAGCUGAUGGCGCUAGAGGGCGGUGUUUACCAGCAGCUGGUCUACAUGCAGUCGCGCAAAGAGGAGAAACCAGAGGAAGGAGAGAAGUCGGAAGAUGAUCUUGACGAUGACGACAAAGAAGAGGAAGAAGAAAUCAAGAAAGAAACUCCUAAAAAAAGUGGAGUGGUGAUAAACGACAAACGUGAAAAAGAUGUGGAGGGCGCUGCAUUGAUGGACAGUGCUCGGGCUGACACCCCAGGCACACCCCAUGCUCGUACAUCCAGCUUCAAGGGACUAAAGCGCAUGGCCUCUACGGUGUCUACUCACUCCAAAGAAGGGGAAGAAGAGGAAGAUGAGAAGGAGGUCCUUAAAGCUUUCAGUGCUGGUCGUAUCAUGAAACUCAAUGCUCCUGAGUGGUUUUACAUUCUCGUGGGCAGCAUUGCAGCCGGUAUCAACGGCGCUGUGCAGCCCGCCUUUGCCGUGGUCUUCAGUCGGAUCUUGGAGGUCUACAGCUUGGACAAAGUUACCCAAUUGGACGAGAUUAACCGUCGAACCACCCUGUAUUGUCUGCUCUUUGCUGGACUUGGUAUUGUCACCAUGGCAGCAAGUCUUGUGCAGGGUGCAGCGCUUGGAAAAUCAGGGGAAGAACUGACGAUCCGACUGCGACACAUGGCAUUCAAAGCGAUGCUUCGACAGGAGAUUGGAUGGUUUGAUGACAAAAAGAACAGCACCGGUGCCCUGACAACAAGACUAGCCACAGAAGCUUCUCAAGUCCAGGGGGCCACCGGUGCCCGUAUCGGUGUCAUGAUGCAGUCCAUCUGCAACAUUGGCGUGGCCAUCAUCAUCGCUUUCAUCUAUGGUUGGCAACUGACGCUGCUGGUACUGGCCUUCCUCCCUUUCAUCGCCAUCGCCGGCGCCAUCGAGUGGCAACUGGUGCAGUCCUCGUCACAACAGGACAAGGACGCCCUGGAGAUCUCGGGAAAGAUUGCAACUGAAGCCAUUGAGAACAUCCGAACCGUGGCUUCGCUGACUCGGGAGGAGACGUUCUACAAGAACUACGUCAGUCUUCUGGUUGGACCCCACAAGACCAACAUGAAGCGGGCCCAGGCCAGCGGCCUGGCUUAUGGCCUCUCCCAGGGGAUCAUUUUCUUUGCCUAUGCUGCAGCCUUCAGGCUCGGGGGUCACCUGGUGUUGAUUGGAGAAAUGGAGUUCCAGAACGUGUUCCUGGUGUUUUCUGCGAUCAUCUUUGGUGGCUUUGCUUUGGGUGGAGCGACCGCCCUGGCACCAGACUAUUCCAAGGCCAAGUUUGCCUGUGCCAACAUGUUCCGGCUCAUGGAUCGUGAGCCCCUCAUUGAUGCGUACAGCACCGAAGGAGACACUUUGGACCACUACAACCCAGAGGUCGCGUUUGAGGACGUCCGCUUCCGAUACCCAACCCGCCUAGAUGUGCCCGUCCUACGCGGCCUGACCGUCUCGGUCAAGCCGGGAGAGACCCUGGCCCUGGUGGGCAGCAGCGGCUGCGGGAAGAGCACAUCCAUCCAGCUACUAGAGAAGUUCUACAACCCUAGGAGCGGCACAGUGCUGUUGGAUGGUCAUGGUCUUGACACCCUGAACCUCCAGUGGCUGCGGGCUCAGAUCGGCCUGGUAUCCCAGGAGCCCGUCCUCUUUGACCGGACCAUCGCUGAUAACAUUGCCUACGGCGAUAACUCCCGAGAGGUUCCCAUGACGGAGGUCAUCGAGGCAGCCAAGAAAUCCAACAUCCAUGAGUUCAUUGCCUCUCUGCCUGCUGGUUAUGAGACUAAAGUUGGAGAGAAAGGUACCCAGCUGUCCGGGGGCCAGAAGCAGCGUGUGGCCAUUGCGAGGGCGCUGGUCCGUAAUCCCAAGAUCCUCCUGCUGGACGAGGCCACGUCAGCCUUGGACACUGAAAGCGAGAAGGUGGUGCAAGCCGCCUUGGACGAGGCCAAGAAGGGGCGGACCUGCAUCACCAUCGCCCACCGGCUCUCCACCAUCCACGACGCCGAGAAGAUCGUCGUCAUCCGUCACGGCAAAGUGGCUGAGAUGGGUCGCCACGAGGAUCUGAUGCAGCUGCAGGGCCAAUACCACAGCCUCUACACCAAGCAGGACCUUCAGCAUUAAAAACUCCCGGACAUCCGAUGAGUGACUGCUUCAGCCUUACUUGCUCCGGCCUUCGCAGCAUUUCUGGGCGGUAGAUGCCUUCCAUCAACUUCCUGACACUGCCAACACAAGCUUUUCCGUAAAUGGAAAUUUUGCCUCUUCCAUAGAAUUGAAGCAUGUUAAAGCCCCCCAAAAAGUGUGAUAUUAAAAUACAGAACACAUGCACCAUGCUCAGUUUGCUGUAAGUGAUAUAAAGGGAAAUAUUUCAUGUUAUGAAGUGCUCAGGUUUCAAACUUUUCCUACUGGUGCUGUAAAAAUUUUCAGUUAAGGAUCUUUAGGAAAGGAUUUUUGAAGCAAGAUUUUUUUUUCUUUGACGAAUACUGUGUCAAAUCAUUGAGCAGGUUUUACUCCCAGAAUUAGUGUGUUUGGAAUAAUACAUUUUCUUUGUCUCCACUUCAUCCUGAAAGUUUUAAUCUGCUUUGAACAUUUUUAACUGUGAAGUACCUUGUGCCGGCUUGUUGAGUGAGUUUUUUUUUUAAAUCCAUGAGAUUUUUGAAGGAUUUUGCAGAAGGACAGUAGAGCCCUGCCAAUAGCCCAACACUAUUCCACAUGGGAUUGGUAGCCCCUUUAAAUUGUUGAAGUACGAAAUCUGUGCCGUCAGUUUGUUGCAUAAGUUGUGACGUAAACACUAAAGAACUGAGGGUUAAACUUACCAUCAAAGUUUGAAAGUCACACAUGAGGAAUCUGACUAAAGUGUGUGUGUGAUUGGUGUAUACAGAUAUAUUUCAUGAUGCAUUUGCGCUUGUUCAAGUUUUGCUUUUAGUGCAGCUAGACUGAAAAGAGACAUUGAGAUAACCAGACCUCACCACAACUUAAAAACAAAAUGUCUUGGCCUCGUUUCCACCAUGCACCACCAAGGCACCGCACAACUGGCAACCUGGGUUUGUGAUGUGCGUUUGAAUUUCACCGGUGCCCAGCAUGGAGCAGAUUUUUAUUUGCAGAAAACAGAGGCAUACUUGGUAAGAAACAUAUGGAGCACUUAUUUUUCUAAAUCUGGACAGAUGGACAUCGCUUGUAGCACAAACGUCAUACAGCAGUGUCCUCAUGAUAUCUGGCAGCCACGGGUACUUUUUAUAUGUACAGAUAUUGCUUGUAAUUCAUGCAGACCUCCACAAUAGCAUUUGUAAUAUACGAGAUAUAGUUUUACUGCUCGUGUAAAUAGCAAAUGACCAAGAGAUAUGGCAUUGCACUGUAGUGAUAGUUGUAUUGUGAAGUAAUUUUUGCAUAUUGAAGAGAAUGUAUUUGUUAGAAUUAUCAAAAUCACUUUAAAGUAUUGCAAAUCUAUUUUCUUAACUUGUAAUUUGGGUAAACAAAAUUUUUCUGAGGUGUAAGAAUGUCCGUGUGAUGGAAUGAUUUCAACAUCCAUGAUUUUUGAGUGCAUUUCUGAUGUUUCAUUAUCAAGAACUGUCAACAGAACAAAAGAUUUUUUUUCCAAGAAGGUUGAAAAUUUUGUACCAUUCUAUUUCUUCAAACUGGAAGAAACACAGUCGAAGUUCGGCUGUGUAGAGAUCAGCCCACUGCAUAAUGAGAACUCUUUUUGUUUCACUAUUUUUUAUUGUUAUUUUUUCACUUGAUAACUAUUCCUGGAGGAAAACAGGCACUUGGUUGAUAAAAAGAAAGUACAUGUAUUUAUUGCAAAUUAUGAUUGGUGUUCAUUCAGUUAGACCAGACGUGAGACAUAUAUCAUAUUUUACCUUUAUUUAGAGACAUUUUAGUGGUGUAAUACAUGUGUCAUAUAACAACCAAAGAAUUUAACGUAAAUGAAAAUAGAAACUCAAAUCUUUUGGCAAAAGAUUAAGUGAAGUCUUUCGAUCCAGUAAAAACACUUAUUGAGAUUUUGUUUUUAAUAUGAAAAAUGAUUUUCUUUUGUUUUCACCCCCUCCCAUAAUUUUCUUGUCAGUUUCUUAUGGUUUACAUAAACUAAGGCCAGAAGCCACCCCACCCAUGUGGGCUGUUAAUGUAGACUUGUAGAGUAAUGUAGCAAUGUAAAUUGCAUAUUGGAACCACACAUAUUUAUUGUUUUAAAUUGCAAGAGAGAAUAUUUUGUAAGCUUUUGAUUUCUGCCGUUGAUUCAAUAAAAGUCUUUCGUUUUA